AUGCCCCCGCCGGCCCCACGCGCCCCGGGGACGCGCGGUAGUGGUCCCCGGGGGGGAGGAGGAGGCGUGUCUAGCCAGGCUGGGGGGGUGGGGAGACGGUUCUGGCGGACGUCCGGGGGGUCGGUGUCGAGCAUUGCCAAGGGCGAAACGUACGCGAUGCAGAAACGUAUGGCGGCGAAGCGUGCCAGGGACAAAACCACGAGGGCGAAGAGGGCCGUGAUAUACCGAAAGUAUCGGGACGGUGAGCUGCCCGACAUCAUGAUCAAGCUGGGAGACGUGCUCCGGCCUCUGCAGCACCUGUCCAUGCUGGAUGGAGGGAUCGCUCGGGAAGUUUUCGUGCAGAUCUUCAAGGAAGUGUACGCGGGAUUCGGCGGCAGCGCCCGCAACCCUUCGGCCUCCCAGCCCGCCGACAAGGCUCGGACGCAGCCGGAACUGGACGACGAGAUUCAGAGGGAGGCAUCUGUCGGGGAGGGGAGACGUGCGGUGUCGGUGUUGCUGCAGAGAAUGCUGUCGGCUGCUAGGUACGCUGUUGCUGGUGGUGGUUGUAGUGUCAUCGUUGUUGUUGGCGGUCCUUCCUUUGUUCCAGCUCUUCCUUGUUUCUUCUGUCUUUCCCCCUAUUUUCUGGCGGCAUUUUCUCUUUCUGUUUUGUCACGUUUAUCCUUGUUCCCACCACUCCCCUCCGGCUAUUCGCGGCAGCAAACCACCCUAACCAACCCGACAGAGACCAAGUACGCUCUGGCUAGCUUCCACAAAAGGCACGACACGGAUGUCGUGGCCUGCCUCCACGCCGCCUGCCGGGCGACCGCGACUGCCGUGGUCAACCCGCCGUACACGGACAGCGGCGACGGCGGCGACGGCGGCGGUGGCGGCGGUAGUGGCCGAUCGUCGUCGUCUUCCCUGCAGCAACGGGAACAGAGAGGCCAGCACCACAAGGGUCGGAUUAUUCCAUCGUCGUCGUCAUCGUCUUCGACGGCUGCGACCGGGAGGCGUGCCCGGAUAGCAACCGCAGAGGAGCCGAUCGAGGAGGUCACGGUCGAGGGAGGGGACGCAAUCUCGCUGUCCCCUGAUCUCGUUGCCAACACGGCGCUCUCCAGCCUCAACGUCCACUCGGGCAUUUUGUUGCUUGAGGAGUCCAUCAUGCGAAUCGGCAAAGAACGCGCCGCCGUCGCCGCCGCCACCGAUGCUGUCGCAACCACGAGCGGUGGGGCCACAGCUAGUGGCGGUGGUGGUGGUGGCGGAGGUGGAGGCAGGCGUCGACGCCGCGGCAGCGGCGGAGGUGAUGAGAAGAACGUCCACGUGGUCGAUGUGGAGAAAGGACAGCAGGACGCAUGGCUGCAGCUAUCGAAGUUGUACGCCUCUCUCGGGGAGAGGGACGCCCUCGUUGGGGUCGCCGCGCGAGCGAGCAAGUCGGAGGGAACCCGACAAGCUUUGGAGGCCGAGCUGUCAGGAGAGUACGACGUGGCCCUGAGGAUGUACAAGAAGCUGCUCGAUCGGUACGACACCCGCUUCGAGAAAGAGACGGACACUCAGGACAGCAGUGCCGCUCGGGGCAUGGACGAAGAAGGCGUGGAAGGAGCCAGCGAGGCGGAGCUAAGGGCGUGGGACAUGCACCAGCUCGAGUGUAUGCGACAACUCGGCCAAUGGAAGACUCUCCGAGGUGAAGUGGUUGCUAUGGUCUCCGAGGGCGUGGAAGGAGAAGAUGAGAUCGGCGGCGAGGAGUACGGCGACGACGCGAGGGGAUCCGCAGAGUGCCAGCGCCGUCUGUGGGGGGCGGAUCCCUCACAGAGGGACGACGUGCUCCCUUUCUUCGUGUGGUCUAUCGUGCACGACCAUCGCCGCAGCGAGAUCGCCCUCAACGCCUUCCUCGAUGCCAUCGUCGACCCCGAAGCCCCGUCCUUACGGCUGACGGACUCUUCUUGGGGAGGGGGAGAAGGCGGGACUGCCGGGGAGUCAUCCUCUCUAGCCCUACGCUCAGGGGCGGAAGGUGGCGGUGGUGGCAGUACUUCUAGCGGAAGCUCAUCGUCAUCGUCGCCGUCGGCGUCCACCUGCACCCGGAUGGCGUGGCUAGAGACCAACAUGCCGGCGGAGUUGGCGAAAGCGUUUCUGCUGGGGAAUCAGCUCGGCCGCGCCCAUCAAUGUGUCGCCCGCUGCUACGACAGGUUUCACGAGAAGUGGGCGGGGCUUCACCCCUGCGCUGACUCUGCAAGGAGGGACCAGCUUCGAGGACUGCAGCUGGUAGUCGAGGUGGAAGACUUCCUGUCUUUCUAUGACAAGAAGGGGACCACGACUUCAACUUCAACUUCAAGUUUAGCUUCAAGUUCGAAGGGUGCAGUGGCCGUGGGCCUGGGGGGGCGGUUGAACAGACUUCUCGACAAGUGGUCGCGGCAGACCCCUUCUCAGGCGCUCGAUCCGGUGACGUCUUGGACUGCUAUGCUUGCCCACAGGCAGGACUGCUUCAAGGCUAUAGAGAUCGACCUGGAGGAGGCAGAGCUUCCAGAGAAGCAGAGGGUGGCCUUGCGGCGGGACAUGCUCAAGCACACAGGCGACUUGUCCAUCGUUGCCGCAGGUGCCGCCACCGCGCAGGGCGUGCACAGCGUGGCCGGGAAGCUCAUCAAGUCCUACGCGGAUAUCAAGGAUAGUGCCGGCCGGUUGGGGACCGCGAGUGAUAAGCAGGGGCAAGCGCCACCGACGCGAGGCACAGAUGGAGAUGACAAUUGGGACCUCCAACUGACUCUGACCGCGGUAGAGCUCAACAGGGUCAGGCUCGAACGCUUGCGUUUGGCUGGGAACCGGACCGGGGCGGACCUUGCGAGAAAGCAGGCUGAUUACGUGGCUAGAACGCUCAAGGUGCUCGGUGGGUGCAUCUCGCAGCAGCAACAGGCUAUUGGGAAGCGUGCCAGCGGCGGCAGCAGAGGGUGGGGCGAGGGCGAGGGGUGGGAGACACAAGGUGCCGAAGCCCACGAGACACGGCUGCGACUCUUAACGCUUCAGGGGCAGUGGCUCGAGACGAAGGGACUUUUGCUGGCGGAGAACAACUCCUCCGGAGGGGGGCAGGAGGAAGAGGCAGCCGAGAGCUUCUGUGCAUCCCUCGCCAGCCUGGAAAAGGCCACCGAACUCGGGGACGGCUUGACCGUGCGCCCCACCGGAUCCAAGCAGUCCCCGACCCCCGGGAGUUCCACUGGAAACGCCUCCGGGACGACGCCUACGCCGGGAGCCGUCGAGGCCACCGGCGAGGCCAUGUUGCGGCUGGCCAAGCUUUGCGAUGCCAUGUCCGCCGGGGACAGCACCAUGUCAGGGGUAGGGGGCAGGGGGCGGGAAGACCUGGCCGCGCUCGCCGUGAAGGAGUACCUUCGGGCCAUGGCGGUCGGGUCUGCCGGCGCAAGGCACUCUUUCCCGAGAGUUCUCUACCUGGCGGGGAAGUUCUCCAAGGCUCGCGCGGCGUUCGCGGACGGGGCGUCGGCUGUGCCCGAGUGGGCGUUCCUGCGAUGGAUCUCGCAGAUGCUCGGGGUUACAGGGCGGGAGGAGGGGCCUGUGGUGAUCCAGGCAUCGGCGGCGGCCAGAAACGGCGAAGGGGGUGCCGGAGCCGAUGACGACGGGCGAAGGCUCUCUAGACUCACGGCCCUGACCGCCGACCCUUCCGCGGAGGCGUUUGCCGAGGCCCUACGUGGGCUACAUCACCCCGAGAUGCGGUUCUCGGAUGGCAUGAAGCGGGUGUGCGGGCUACUGAACAAGUCCCAAAAGGACCUUGCUCGUGUGGCCUACCGGAAGUUGCGGAACGACUGCCUCGUGACCACCGGCCGCAAGACAGGGGACGACAAGGUGGGUUCGUACAACCGUGAGUUUGCCAAGAAGCACAUCAGGGAGUUGGACAAGGCCAUGGGCAAGGACGGGGAACUUCUGAACGAGCGUGAGGCUAGGCGCUUCCUGUUCCAAGGCAGAAAAUGGCAACUCGAAGUGAAGAAGUCUUCCCGGCUGAAGCUUUCGGGUUUCUCAACGUGGAUGUCCGACUUCGACUCCAACCGGCACAAGCUAGAGGUCCCCGGACAGUACGGGGGGAUGUCUGCCGCCCCUCCGCGGGUUUCGCUGCACAGUCGCAUCGUCAGGCAUGAGCGUGCGCUUUUUGUUUCGGUGCAGGCGCCAGGGAUUGAGAGCUCCCCCCUUGUAUUUCGCGCCAGAAAGAUGUUUGGGUUUCAUUCGCCUUGGCAUGGGAACGGCAACGUUUCGCGGGUUGGUUCAGGACCCCGAUUCUCUCCUCCAAUACUUGAAGAUUUUCGCCUUCGUUCGACUUUGGAUUGGCGUGUGGUUAGCAGCAAGAGACUUAGAGCCACUCUAACCCUUGGCCCUAGCGCGACGUUUUUGCUGCCGUGA